AAUAAUCUUGGGAGGAGAGGGAGACAUUGGGAGGAAGGAACCGCUGGGAGAAAUGCGAAGGCAACGCACAUUGAGGACGGCUUCGGCGUCAUCGCUCUGCAUCUUCUGCGCGUGUCGACUAGGAGCCAUCGAAUUGCCAGCUACCUCUGUACCUUUAAACCCUCUACGAUCGUCCUCGCAGCGCAGAAGCAUCUCUACCACCCGUGCGCCGUUCCAACGCACCGCGACUGCAUCGAUACCGUCGGCCGUCGAAAAUGCUUCCGACUCUUUCCCAGCAUGGUACGACCCGACUUCCUCCCUCUCCAUGUCGGAACAGAGGGAGAGGGCCAAUCGGGUAGCUGCGAGGCAACAAUUUGAGACGGAGCAGAACCAGGUCCGGCAAGAAAGGCUCUGGAAAGAGGAAGAGGAGAAGAAUCAGUUGAAGCAAGAGGCCGAAGCAAAGCGCAAGGUGGAGAGGGAAAAGAGGUCACAGCACUUCAAGCAGCAAUCGCUGUCCAGGGCAUCUCGCGGCAUUGGCCUCUCUGCUGGCGGCAGUACAUUGGGUCAGGCCAUGAUGAAGGGCGGUCAUUCACGGAACUCCAAGCCGAAUGCUGCCCCAAAUGUGCGGCCGGUGGCCACCCCUCGAGAGCCAAGGAUUCGGAUCAGCUAUACUGGUGCACGCAGCCCUGGCAGAGCGGAGCAGACCCAGGCGGGGAAAGAACGAGCUGCCACGACGUCCGUGGUGAAACCACCCCCUAAAAAAGUGUCGAACCCAUUUGGAGUACCAGCGGCUGUCACAACCGAACCUGCCAAUGAGCCUUCCUCCGGAUGGGGUGUUGGCAGUACCCAGACUGCGCCUCUGGAAUACGCUGAAGCCCCAGCAGCAGUCGUCCAUAGGAGGGCCGCCGAGACGAACACGAAUGUCCAAGAGAAUUCCGCAUUUAGAGUGAGUCUAGGCGGCUACACAAAAUCCUUCAGACCGUCCUAUGGCGAUGUGGAUCAACAGCACAAUGAGAACAUAGAGACUAUCGAAGGUGUGAAGAGACGGAACGAGCAAAAUGACGCCGAGUUACAGUCGCAGCAGGAGGCUUAUGACCGGGCGGCCAAGAAGUUCGCUGCAAGCUCUCCUCAGUACUCCAGCAGCGUUAUUGAGGAUUCAGGAGAAGGAGAAGUUGAAAGGAACUCAAGACCGCAUCGCAACGACGUUGUCGGAAACACCGAGCAUUUCGAUUCUGGCGCUGUGCAGCCUACCACUACGGAAGAGACUGUUCGACUGCAGGACAAUACGCCAGUGUCAUCCGAAACUGCAGCGCUUGAAGCGGAACGCGAUGUGGAAGCUGCUUCGCCGCAAAGGCCCCCACACUCGUCGCGUCCGUCCGCGGCUGAGUCUCUGCCUGUGGCAUCAGGAUUGGGCUCGUUUGGUCACUUCGAAGCGGAGGCAGAGUCCACAGCGCAGCCGGCGACAUCGGACGUACCUCCCGCUCAAGAGGAGUCAGUGUCACCAGAGAGCCAUCAUGGGCAGUCCGAGCUUGGGACGUCUACACCGAGUUCUAUCGAUCAGCCUGCACAGGAGACAACGCAAGAUCAGGUCCCAGAACAAAACGCACAACAGCCCGCGGCUCCUGCAGCUCCCUCGCCAUUGUCACAAUUAGCACAGCAGACGCAGCAGACUGUGAGUCAACCUGGGCACUCAACUGGCAAAGCAGUGUCGCAGCAAGCAUCAACACCACCCCCACCACCGACUGCUGCACCUCCUCCGGCGCACAUGAUCCCUUCUGGCGGCCAGCUUGUUUGGCAACCGAUUCAUGGACAUCCGCAGGGUGGACAAUGGACAUGGCAAGCCUCGCCUCCAUCGUUUGUCGCUCCUCCGCCGCCUGCCACUACAACGGAGCCGCCAUCCCACUCACAGUACACACCGCCCCAAUACCCCCAGGCUAAUUCUACGGCACGCGCACCUAGCGUAUCUCUCAGCGACAGUGGCUACCGUGCCAUGCCCUUCUCGCCGGACGAAUAUCAAACUCGAUCCAGCUUUGACGAGGAGAAGGCCGCGAAUUGGCAGCAUCUUCGACGCAGAGAGAGUCAACCAACAGAGCCCAUCGCUACGUCACCUCCGCCAACGCAGCCACAGCCACAACCACAACCACAGCAAACACAACAUUCACAAUUUCACCAAGAUUUUGACGAUGAGAGCUGGGUAGACUGGACGUUCAACAAUCAUGUGCGUGAACGGGAAGAGCGCUUGAAGCUGCAGAAAGAACGGGAGGAGAAGCAAAAGGCACAGAAACAGCGUAGUCAGUCUGUCCAAGGCCAGGAGAUGGAAGGCAGCCGCCGGCUGUACAACGGCCCAGCGCAAGCCUAUCGAGAUAAGGAGUGCGCCAGGUGUGGCGAGAGAGGUCACAUUGCUCGCUACUGCACCAAAAAAAUCAGUCCAUUCGACAGGCCGAACGGCGAAUCGAACGAGUUCCGUCAAAACCGUGGAUCGGAUACAAGGACGCAAAGGUCAUCUGAGAGUCGGACCACUGAGAAUGACCGAUUGAGCAACCCAUUCGCCGCACCGAGCCCAUUCGGCGCGCGCGGCUCUGCAGCUGGAGCAGCCAGCAACCCUUUCGCGAACCGCGAGCCAUUGAGCCAGCCAGCAAACAAUCAGAGACCGAGAAAAGCAUGGGGAGCCGACCAGGUUAUCUCAACUGAGCCGCCGGACAUGCCCAAACGUGAGCCUAGAUUCCGGGUUGUCCCCACUGUCGCCGCUGAUGAAGGCGUGGCCACCAAUCCAGGCCAGGUCAGCAAGUGGGAUCCGGAAGCAGUAGCUGGCCAGCACGCCGAGCGGCAUGAACACGCUAGAGCUGCCGAAACAGAACGUACUGCAGACAGCAAAUCAGCUCGGCGCUCCGAACGUUUCCAGGUGGAGUCCGAUAUCGAUGAGCAUGCUCCAGCACCCGAGAGUCGUGCUUCUCGUGACAAAGCAGCCAGAAAGAGUCGAUGGGCCGACGAUGAAGACGAUGUGUUUGCUGACAAGGGCAAGGGCGCUGGUCGCAAAGCCCAACGCGCGGGCAGACGCGAAUACGAUGAAGAAGAAGACGACGAAGCUGAAGCUCGCGACAACUUCCGUGCACGUAAAGCAGCUCGCCAAGCUGAGAAGGAAGCUAAGGGUGAGAAAAGACUCAAAAAUGCUCGACGCGAGCGCGAGGUCAAGAAAGCUGAAGACGCAACCCCUAUCAGCAUUCCCGAGUUUGUCAGCGUGCAGCAGCUAUCCCAGAUGCUUGGUGUUCGAUACGAACAAUUUAUCGACCGCCUUCAGGAGCUUGGCUACGAUGAUGUGUUCCCCGGCAUGACAUUGAAUUCUGAGACUAGUGGCAUGAUUGCUAUGGAGUACAACUUCGACCCUACCAUCGACACUGGCGUGCGUGAAGAGGAAGAACGUGAUCUGAAGCCUCGUCCAGAAGUUGAGGAUAAGGAGUUCCUGCCCACACGCCCCCCUGUUGUCACUAUCAUGGGCCAUGUUGAUCACGGCAAGACAACGAUCCUGGACUACCUCCGCAAGUCCUCUGUCGCAGCUGGCGAAGCUGGAGGCAUAACACAACACAUCGGUGCGUUCAGUGUUCCAAUGGCGAGCAGCGGCAAGACGAUCACCUUCCUGGAUACCCCCGGCCACGCCGCGUUCUUGGCAAUGCGACAACGCGGCGCAAACGUGACAGAUAUUGUCAUCCUCGUUGUGGCAGCCGACGAUAGUGUUAAGCCUCAAACUUUAGAAGCUAUCAAGCAUGCUAAGGCUGCCGGCGUGCCGAUGAUCGUCGCAAUCAAUAAAGUCGACAAGGAGGGAUCAGACAUCCAGCGCGUCAAGCAGGACCUUGCUCGUCAUGGUGUCGAAAUCGAAGACUUUGGCGGCGAGACGCAGGUCGUGCCUGUCUCCGGCAAGACUGGCCAAGGCAUGGAUGGUCUAGAAGAAACUGUAGUCGCUUUAUCGGAGAUCAUCGACCAGCGCGCAGAAACGGACGGAGCUGUUGAGGGCUGGGUUCUCGAAGCCACGACAAAGGCAAAUGGGCGCGUGGCUACUGUUCUUGUUCGCCGCGGUACUCUGAAGCCAGGCGCUGUCAUUGUCGCUGGCAAGACAUGGGCCCGCGUUCGCAGCUUGCGCAAUGAGGGAGGCCGAACGCUGCAAGAGGUCGGCCCAGGCAUGCCGGUCGAGGUCGAUGGGUGGAGAGACCAACCAAUGGCUGGCGAUGAAGUGUUGCAAGCACCAAGCGAGCAGAAAGCUACCUCCGUGGUCGAAUACAGACAGGAACGUGAGGAGAGAGAAAAGGCCGCUGCCGACAUGGAAGCUAUCAAUGAAGCACGACGACUCGCGACCGAACGCCAGCAGAGGGAGCGGGAAGCUGCACAAGCCUUGAAACAAGCUCAGCGUACUGCAAAUGCUGAAGGUGGCACUGCAGACGUCGUCAGCAAGCCGGACGACCUCGACGCUCCACAACAGGAACAGAGCGGACAGAUUGACGUACCUUUCAUCAUCAAAGCCGACGUUUCUGGAUCCGCUGAGGCUGUGUCGGCGUACAUCAUGUCUGUCUCCAAUCCACUCAUCACACCAUCUGUAUUGCAGAGUCAUGUGGGACCUGUCCACGAGAGCGACAUUGAGCUCGCCAAUGCCGCUGGCGGCCACAUCAUCGCCUUCAACCUACCACCUGAUCCACAGAUGCAAGGAAAGGCCGAGGCGCAAGGCGUAAAGAUUCUCGAAAACAACAUCAUCUACAGAGUGCUCGACGAUGUGAAGGCUGUGCUUGAAGAGAAACUUCCUCCUAUUCUCACGCAGCGUGUGCUUGGUGAAGCCGAGAUCGGCGCUGCCUUUGAAAUCAGCGUUGGUGGGAGGAAGAAGGUGAAGAUCGCGGGCUGUAAAGUGCGAAAUGGUAUGGUUGAGAAGGGGUCGAGGGUGAGAGUCAUGCGAGGGAGCGAAAAGGUUUAUGAUGGCACGAUCAAUUCCCUCAAGAACGUCAAGAAAGAUGUCACAGAGAUGCGUAAGGGAUCGGAAUGUGGCAUGGGCUUUGACGACUGGGAAAGCUUUGAGGUCGGCGAUCAAGUGCAGACUUAUGAGGAAAUUAGGGAGAGGAGGAAGCUGUGAGGUACGAAGCAGAACUUCGGACUGCUCGGCUCGUGGUGGCCAGUGUGUCUAAGAGUAAUGUACAAAAGAUCUGUGAGUGAGUUCUGUACGAGCAUCGCGUAGUGGAGCUUGGAUUUCCGCC